AUGGUUGCAAAUCUGACUUCGCGAUGGACAUAUAUCCCUUCUGGACAGAAGUUGGCUUAUUUUGACCCGUUUCCGUCUGUUUUUAGUGCACAAACAUUCGAAGGCGACGUUGAUACAUCUACAAAGAAUUUAGGGAAAUCACCGAAGCCCAUAGUAAAAAAAGGAUUUAACUCAGAUCGAAUUAACAACGUCGAACAAGUUCCGUCACAUCCAUCUGUUAAAAAUUUGAAAAGCAAAAUUCCAUCUGAUACCGAUGUCAUAGAAUCUGAUUCUGAACUUAAAUAUUUAGGUCGUAUUGUAAGUGCGCAGGGUAUUAGACCAGAUCCAGGAAAGUUAGAAGCUGUAAGAUCAUUUCCUAUCCCUGAGGGUCGUCCAUUUGAAGUCUGGACAAAUCAUAGAUCUUUGCAAUGGUUAAGAAACGUAAAAGAUCCUACCAGUCGUCUAGCGAGAUGGGCUAUGAAAUUAGAUGCUUAUGGCAUGAUUAUUAAACAUCCUCCUGGCGAAUCUAUCGGGUGUCCCAGGUAAAAUGGCCCUGUUUUGUUUUUUCUAUAACUCCGUUAUUUUUAUUCUUAUCGAACCAAAUUUUUUUAAAAAGAUUCGCCGUUCAAUUCUCUACAAAACUGUCACUUUAGAUUCUUUUUAGAUUUUUUUGUUAUUGUUUAAAAGAAUGUGAAGCAAGGAUCUCCAAAACUUAGUACUUUCUAAGCAUCAGAAUGGUAACAAGAAACGUAUUGAACCAUCCCUGUUGGACCUCCAAAAAACCAAAAGAAUGAAGUUCGCAAACUGGAUUACUAUUAAUAGUUUCGGAAAUAUCUUGUCCAAAUGUAAAAUCAUAACUAUAAUGUAUAAGACGCCAACCAAUACGAUCUUCUGGAUCUGACCUAAAAAUAAUAAAUAUAACCCUCGGACUGUACUUAUCGAAAAAAGUGAAUUGAUGAAUUUUGACAUGAAACUUCGCCAGCAGAUAGAUCUAAUGGAUAUUAGAAUAUCCUGAAAGUUUCACCGAAAACGGAACGUUUUUUUUUGGGAUAUUGGGGUUACAAGCAGACUUGAUUAUAGCGUCUUGCCUGCUGGAAAUGACUGAUUCUUUUAACCUCAAUAUCCACCUCGCGCCAUCAAUCUCACUUUUUUCGAUAAGUAACCUGGGGAGGUUUCCUCGUAAGUGUUCAUGUGAAAUCAAGUCAAUUUUCGGGAAAAAAUAUUCUCUCGUAAUGGAGAAUGUUUCUUUAGUGUUGCGCUCAAAAAACAGUGAUACAAGCGAUAAAAUGUCGAUCACCCAAAUUCUGAACUCGAUGAUAUCAGCGAAAGUAGAAUAAUGACUCAGUCAUAGCAAGCUCCUCUUGUGUUGAUACCGCCUUCAUUGGUCCUUGAAAUACGAUGUAAACAACGUGCUGAUUUUUAAGCGAUUGAAAAAGAGAUCAAGAUUUGCUGGCUCUCCACUGUAAAAAAUGAGAAACGGAGAAAGGGCUGUAGCAAGUGGAACAGUCAAAGAACCUUUUUUUCCGUUUUUUGCGGAGUCAGAAAACCGUUGAAGGGUUUUUACUGAGUCUAAGCACCCUUCAACAGUUUUUUGACUCUGCAAAAAACGCAAAAAAGGGUUCUUUGACUGUUUCAUUUGCUACAACCCCUUACAAGCCCUUUUCCGUUCUCUAUUCUACGGACAUUUUUUACAGUGUACCACGGGGAGAAAACGCUACUUCAAUCUACUUCAACGUUACCAGGGGAUAGGAUUUUCGAGUUAAGUGAUCGGUAUAAGCUUUUAAGUUGGUUUUUGACCUAUGCGAUCGACAUAGUCGAAAAUCAUCUCGAAAACGCUGUCGCGAUCAUCGAUAACUCGAAAAUUAUCUCAAGUAGGGAUGCACCAUUUUCAGUUCCAUCAAUUCCAAUUCCUAGAAUUGGUCGAAAUUUGUCGGAAUUGGUUGGUAUUGGAAUUGAAAUUAGAAAAAUCGGAACCGACUUGAACGACAGUUAGUCAACUUUGACGAUUUUUUCGUCGAAAAAUGUGAUCUCAGCAUCGAAACGUAACAUUUUACCCAGGGAUCAAGGGUUGAAAUAUAAGAUUCCUCCUUAAAUUGAAGUCCCUCAUAUCGGACUGUAUCUGAAAUAUUAAUGUUACAAUUUUUGGUACACAGUGAUUUUGCUGUCGGGCUACCGUAUUGUCGAAAAAUUUGAUCUCAAUGUUGAAACGUGCAAUUUUAACCAGGUAUUCGAACCUGUAGUAUAAGGUUCCUCGGAAAAUUUCAGAUUCUCAUACUGUCCUAUUCCUGAAAUUCUUGUUUCUUCUCAUUUUAAACGAGAUAAAAAUCAGUGUCUGUUAUAUAAGGCACUUCUUAUUUCUACUUAGUUCAUAAAUGCUUUUUUAACUUUUUCAAAGUAGAAUUAAGUAAAGAUUUGCACAGUAAGUUCCAGCAGUUCCAGUGAGUGAGAAAAUAGGAUAUACAGUUGCAAUUUUUCUUCAGUAAUUUGGGUACAUCAGAAAUGAAUCUUCUUUCUCGAAAGAUGCACGAUAUCUCAGAACUUUUUCUGUGUUCUUUCUCUUAAUUGAUAUUUUCUUUGCAAAGAUCUCAAAUUCAACCUCGAAGCGAGUCUGGGGUGAAGGAUCCACGUUGAUUGCAUCAUGUUCCCGAAGAGUAAUCCGGGUAAAACUCAUUGUUUUAACUAUCUUAAGAACGACUUUAUUUUCAAGAGAACCAUAUCAGAAGUUUUCGUUUUCAUUGUUUUUCUGUAAUUUUUACGUUCUUAUGUGGAAGUAUUUGAAAAGAAAAAGAAAACGAAGCCCAAACAAUUUUGAUUAGGCUGUCGAAGGAAAAUUUAAUGUCUAAAAAGUUCUAAGUUCUAAAUUAUUUUGAGCAUAAGAGAACUGAAGAGCGAUGACUUUAUUUUAUUUUAGAUUAUUUUGUUUGUCAGAUAUCAUGGACAUCUUAGUAGUAUGUCCACGACAUUUGUGUAUUUCUCCUGCGAAUUAUGUAACGUUAAAAAUACUGCUGAGUGUGUGCAUAGUCUUUAUCAGUACCUUUCGACAGUGAUUAUACUUUUUGUAGUCGAGUUAAGGUUUUAAUCUGAUUUCUUUUAAAUGAAGUUGAAUAACUUUGUUAGACUAUUAGAGAAUCAAUAAAAAAGAAUAUGAGCUAUGGUGAAUGUAAAUUCUCUGG